AUGGACUCCGCCACAGAUCAGACGAUUCUCCGCCAUGAGGUCACGGAGGUUGCUUUUGGCUUCUAUAGUGACGCUGAAAUUCGCGACUUGAGUGUGAAGCAGAUUACCAGCCGCUUGAGCUUUGACUCGCUAAACAAUCCUGUCGUGGGUGGCCUUUACGACCCGGCUUUGGGUCCCGUAGACUUUAAUAUGAUCUGUCCAACCUGUCACCAAACGCAGAAGGAAUGUCCUGGCCACCUUGGCCACAUCGAGCUGCCUGUGCCUGUUUAUAACCCUGUGCUCUUUAGCCAGUUGCUUACUUUGCUAAAACGCAAGUGCUUUACAUGCCAUAAAUUUCGCGUGGCCAGUGCAUGCUCACGUGUUGUACGCGUCAAGAUCUUGCUUAUAGAUAAUGGCUAUGAGGAUGAUGCAGCACAGCUGGGCGAGCUGCUUGAGCAGCGAAAUGGUGUCGAGGACGAGCCUCCUCAGCGCACUUUUCAGCGCCAGCAAGCAAUACUAGACGAAUACGAGCGCCUGGCUCUCUCUAAAUCUCGCAGUGACAAUGGUAAGGUACAGCUGCUGUGCCCAUUGCCCCGUGCCGCCGAAGUUUCUCGCGAGAAGCUUGCUACUGAAUUUUUGAAGAACAAGACAGGUAAAUGUGAGAAUUGCGGUGCCAUUUCUCCCACAAUCAGGCAGGAUUCUUCGGCUAAAAUUUUUCUGAAAGAACUUAGCGCGCGCUCUCGUAAAAGUAAUCAGUCAAAAAAUCUCACGAUGACCUCUGCGUUAGACACAAUUCAUGGUUUUGUAUCGAGAACGGACAGCGUUGACGUGAAUGAUAAUGAUUCCGAGUCUGAGAUGGAGGACGAUGACGACGAGUUUGUGAAUAUUGAGGAAUCUUUGUCGCAAAGCAAGUUCUUGCCUCCUCUUGAGGUGCAAUCGCAGCUGCAGUUAAUGUGGCAGAAUGAGGAUGGUCUUAUGGAGCUGCUUUAUGGUGACCGCGACAUCGCCAACGGCCGUGUUUCUGGUCGCAAAUCAUAUGGAUGGCGCAAAUUUUUUCUAAAUGUCAUUCCUGUUGCACCCUCGCGAUUCCGGCCGCCUGUUUUUAUGGGCGACAAGCAAUUCGAGCAUGCCCAGAACACGCAUUUGUCGAAAAUUUUGUCUUAUAGUGAAAGUAUUGUUCAGGGUGAUUAUUAUACGCGCCAUGCCUCAACAACAUCGGAGGAGGAUGACGUCGAUAAAGAGCAGCAGCUGAAUCUCUCGCGUAAGCUUGCACUGUGGACGGAGUUGCAGAAUGCCGUGAAUCUUCUUGUGGAUAGCAGCAAAGGCAAACCUGGGACUGACGUUGCGCAAGGUAUCAAACAAAUUAUUGAAAAAAAGGAAGGACUUUUUCGCAAGCAUAUGAUGGGCAAGCGCGUCAACUAUGCUGCUCGUUCUGUUAUAUCGCCUGAUCCGUACAUUGGUACAAGCCAGAUUGGUGUGCCGCUUCGUUUCGCUAAAACUCUCACGUAUCCUCAGCCCGUGACACCAUGGAAUGUUAAAGAAAUGCGUCAACUCGUGAUAAAUGGACCAGACGUUCAUCCUGGUGCGAACUUUGUAGAAAGCGAAAAUGGCCGUUUGAUUGACCUUAGCAAGCGCACACCACACCAGCGUGAGGCUAUCAGCAAGACGUUGCUCACACGCUCAGCAAGUGCCCAGGGCACUAGCAAGAAUCGAGUGAAGCGCGUUUGGCGCCAUUUGAUGACUGGAGACGUUGUACUUAUGAAUCGUCAACCAACCUUACACAAGCCUAGUAUCAUGGCCCAUACGACGCGUGUUCUUACGAACCCCAAGAUGCAGACUAUUCGCAUGCACUACGCCAACUGUAACACUUUCAACGCGGAUUUUGAUGGCGAUGAGAUGAACAUGCACUUUCCCCAAAACGAGCUGGCGCGUUCUGAGGCGUACAACAUUGCUGCAAAUGAUAAUCAGUAUAUCGUGCCGACAGAUGGUUCACCGUUGCGUGGUCUGAUCCAGGAUCACGUUGACUCAGGUGUGAAGUUGACUCAGCGAGACACGUUUCUGACCAAGGAUAUGUAUAUGCAGCUUCUGUACAACGCCUGGGCUAGUAUGGAAGACGCUGGUGCGGAGAAGGCACACGUCGAGACCAUACCACCCGCUAUACUCAAACCGAAGCAGCUCUGGACGGGCAAGCAGGUGAUCACCUCUGUACUAAAGUUACUUACGAAGGGUUUACCGCCAUUAAACCUGGACAGCAAGGCUAAGAUUAAAGGUGAAUUAUACGGUUCUGCAAACAAUGAGCACGUUGUGACCUUUCGCGAUGGCGAGCUACUGCAGGGUGUUCUGGAUAAGAGUCAGUUUGGGGCAAGUAUGUACGGUAUGGUUCACGCAUGUUAUGAAGUCUAUGGCGCCCGUAUUGCCGCCGAUUUUCUAUCAGCGCUUGGUCGAUUGCUUACUUGCUACCUGCAAUAUGCUGGACAUACCUGUGCGCUGGAGGAUUUGACAUUGAAUCCACUUGCUGAAAAAUGCCGUCGCAAGCUUGUCAAGGAAUCCGAAGCUAUGGGUGAGGAGGCUUACGCCGAAUUUGCUGGUCUCUUUGAGCUUCUCGCGAAAAAACGAGCUGAUGAAAAGAAUGGCAAGAAACGCCGUAUGAACGAGGAAGAGCGCUCAAGAAUUCGAGAUCGUAUGCAAACACUGCUCUCUGGGCCUGGCGCUGUCAACAACACGAAAGCUCUGGAUGCUCAUAUGAUGGGCUGUGUGCACGGAUCAAAUAGUGAUAUUAUUAAGAAAUGUUUGCCUUCGGGUCAGUCAAAAGCGUUUCCAAAAAACAAUUUUUCGCUUAUGGUACUGACUGGUGCCAAGGGCUCCAUGGUAAACCACUCGCAAAUCUCGUGUGGCCUAGGUCAGCAGGCCCUCGAAGGCCGUCGUGUCCCUAUUCUAUGCAGUGGUCGUUCGCUACCUUCGUUUGAGCCGUUUGAUCCUGCUCCGCGCGCUGGUGGUUACGUUACAGAUCGAUUCCUGACCGGUUUACGUCCCCAGGAGUACUAUCACCAUUGUAUGGCCGGCCGUGAGGGCCUUGUCGACACGGCCGUAAAGACAAGUCGUAGUGGUUAUCUUCAGCGUUGUCUAAUUAAGCACCUUGAAGAUCUUAACGUCAGUUACGACCACACUGUGCGCAACAGCGACGGUAGCGUAAUUCAGUUUCUGUAUGGUGAAGACGGCAUUGAUCCGGUGCAAGGUGCCAUGCUGUCAGGAAAUGAUGCGCAAUUUGAUUUUCAAGCAAUGAAUCACCGCAGCAUAUCCCACAAGUACGGUAUUAAUGCAAACUUUUUCAAUGAUACUAAGCUAGACAUUAUGAAGCCGUUGAGUAUGCACAAGGAGAUUCGUGAGAUUAAAGAAAACAGAUCGUCAAAGCUGAAGCCUGGUGUGAAGGUGAUGGUCCGCCGACUAAAACAAGGUGAAAAAAAGUGGAAACGCGGUAAUAUUGAAUUAGGCUAUCAUGUUGCCGAAAUCGUAGCGGUUGGUGCGGAUACUGAGGAUUGGCGUGAGCAAAAAUAUGACGUCAGGUACUUGGACACUGGCCUGAAGGUAUUCGGCGUUCCUCGAACUGCGAAGUUUAAGACAAGCAGACCGACAAAAUCCACUCGAGCCAUGUCUGGUCGAGUGGACAUAAUUAAAGUGCUGCUGGAGGAGCCGGUGAUGCAGAGUCUGCCGCUAAAUGAGCAUGUAGGAUUGGUUUCGGAGCGUAUUCAGGAUAAAUUGCGUAGCUAUAACGCUCGUAAUCCGUCUAAUCGCCUAUAUUUGAAGUUGAGCAAGAAGGACAAAAAAUCGAGGAAGAGAAAGCAUACUGCAAAUGGUGGGGUUGACAGGGAUGUCAUGCAGUCGAAGCACACUGUGAGUCCGGAUGCUUUCCAGCUACUUGUCUGGGUGAAUUAUUUACGCAGUAUGUGUGCACCUGGGGAAAACGUUGGCAUUCUUGCUGCUCAGGGUAUUGGCGAACCAUCGACGCAGAUGACGCUCAAUACGUUCCAUCUUGCGGGUCACGGUGCUGCUAAUGUAACGCUAGGCAUUCCACGCCUGCGUGAAAUCAUCAUGACUGCUAGUCAACAGAUGUCCACUCCUAUGAUGACAAUUCCUCUUCGCGACGAUGUCGAGUCGUCGCGUGCGCAGGUGGUAGAGCAGCAUCUAAAUCAGGUCGUUCUUUUCGAACUUUUGAGAAAUGCUGGCGGUAUAUGUGUCAAGGACCAGUUUAACUGCAGCGAAAAUGGUAUUUUAUGGGUACGCGACUACCAUAUUCGCCUGACAUUUUUUCCUUUUAAAGAGAUAAAGCGCGUAUUUGGACUAAGUGCGGACCAGGUGUUCGACUCUGUCGGUCGGACUUUUGUCAGCAAGCUGCUAUAUUCAAUAUCUCAAGAAUUGAAAAAAAGUGGUGUUACUGUUUCUACCGCGGCAGAAAAGUACAACGGCACGCUUCGUUUUGGUAGCCGUGGAGAAGUUCAGGGCUACGGUGAGAUGGAUGAAGAAGAUGAAAUCAUCCGAAAUACACAAUUGGAGGAAGAGUCGGACAUCGAUUCUGAUAAUGAGACUUUAGGCAACAAGAAGAGCCCCAAUUCUUCAGUUUUGGAUGAUAUUUCCGUGAAGUCUUUAUCGAAGACCCAGACGAAAGCAAUAUCUGCUGAUGACAUGCAGUCUCUGGACGUUCCGAACAGCGUGCGCAAAAAUCCGUCCUUUGUCUUUUGCGGACGCAAUUCCAAGCAAAACUUUGUUGAGCUGCACCUUCGUUUUCCGACGCAAUCUAAAGCGCUGCUGAUGGUACCGCUUGUCGAGAAAGUGGCUAAGCAGGUGCUGGUGCGGUACUGCCCGGGUAUUUUGCGGUGUUAUCUAAUCAAUCAGCGCGUUGGUGAGUCGCAGGAGGAGAAGCCCUGCCUUCAGACCGAGGGUCUUAAUUUUCAGGAGAUUUGGGGGUUUGACGAGCUUUUGGAUGUCAAUAACCUCGUCACUAACGACAUAUACAAAGUAUUGCAGACGUUCGGUGUCGAGGCUGCUCGCGCAAGCAUUUCUAAGCAAAUCAUGGACGUUUUUGGCGUUUAUGGUAUCAGCGUUGAUCCCCGUCACCUCAGCUUGCUUGCCGACUAUAUGACUGCACAAGGUGACUACAUGCCACUUAACCGAAUGGGUAUAAAUUAUAAAGGCUCACCUUUGCAGCAAAUUACGUUUGAAACGUCCAUGAAGUUUCUAUCCCAGGCUGCUUUAAGUGGUUUAGUGGAUAGAUUAGAGAGUCCGUCCGCUCGUCUAGUGUUAGGCCAGCCACCUCACCUAGGAACGGGCAGCUUCUCGCUUUUGCAACCAAUUUCAUUGUAG